CUGCACGUAACGAAAGCGAAACACAGCUCAGGUUUUGCUCCUGCGUAGCAAACAGGUGAAGCUGCCAGAGGUGCUGGGCAGGAGGGUCUGAACCCUUCUUCCACUUCCAUCUGUGCUUUUCCAGAAGGCAGAGGGAGACGGCAGGAGGCCACAUGCAUGGGACAGCCCCUCAGCCAGCGCAGGUGCUGCUGUGAGCAGGCCAGGUGAUCCAUCCCGAUGCCUGCCCUGCCAGCAGCCUGACCACUGCCACCACCACACCUCUCUGGUCUCCUGCAUGAAGCUGCUCUCCAUUCUCCUGGACCGCGGCUGGGUUAUCUCAGCGGGCAGGAUCAGUGCUGAGUGAUUACCAACAACCUUUUUGGAAAGGCCUUUGUUGAAAGGCAAGAUGAAUACAAACACAGAGGGGUAUCUAAUGAGAUCAACCUCAGAACCAAAUUCUAAAACAAAUGAUGUGGGGAAGGAAAAGAUGGAGGUUGCUUCAGAGCUGGGCAGCCCAACGUUGCAUGAUGAGAACACAGGAUUUCUUGAAAGAGGUAUUAAAACAAUGCGAAGCAUCCGGAGAUCAAAACGAAAGAGUGAGAAAGAACAGGAGGGCACUGGCACCUGGAGAAGAAGACUACUUUCUUUUCAAUUCCCCAAGAGCUCCGACGAGAACAAAACAGAAAUCCCUGAUGGAUUGGAACAGAUUGUUGAUAAAAUAGAAACAGAGCCCACUGAAGGAAAACCUCUUUCAGUAAUGGAAAUCAAUGAACUUAUUCAGAAAAAACAACUUCUGGAAGCAUUUGCAAGCAUCAAAUACAUGGAAGAUGAGAUGAUAGCAGAACGGGAUGCAGACAAAUACAAGGAUAACCCACAAGAGUUUUUGAGGAAAACCAAGGAUGUGGAUUUACUGUACAGCUCUAUCACAAGCAUGAUCCAGUCCAUUGUGGUGGGAACACUGGAGCAUCACACAGUGGAGGAGGCCACACUGACCUCCCUGGUGACAUUAAUUGCCCGUGAAGAGGCAGCUCAUCCCAGUACAAGCAAUGCUGCUGCUCCUGGGUCAGACUUGCUUGGAGCACCCAGAAAGUGGAGGGAAGAGUGGAGAGAAGCUGUUAAUGAGAGCACUAGAAAGAGAGUUCUGAGCAUACCUAUGGCAUCAAAGGAAGAAGAGAAAGCCUGGCUUGAUCUCCACUUAAGUUUUCUCCAGAAAUACCUGCUCGAAGACUUACUGAAAAUCAAGUCAUCAGUAAAAAAGUGCUAUCCAGAGGAGUACCGGGUGUGCGAAGUGUAUGUGGAGGCUUUUCACAAUGCCAUCGCCUCACACUUGCAAGAUCUCUCCCAGAGACCUCUGGAGUUCAAUGAGCUCUAUUCCUUGCUUGACUGGGUGGCCAACACCUACCGCAGUGAACUCUUUCUUGGUCACUCUGAUCUCAAACCAGAAGUUCAGACAGAAAACCUGUCCCUGCUGCUAGCACCAGCAGACUGGGAUAGACUGAAAAACGAUUACAUCACUUCUGUAAAGGGUAAAAUCAAGAGCUAUUUUGGAAACAUCCUGAGGCUGGAAGUGACGGAAAAGUGGGAGAAGGAAGUUCCCCCAGAAGUGAAGGAUAACCUGUACCAGUCCUCGCUUUCCUUUGACAUUCAGACGAUUAUCGGGGAGCACAUGAAGUUAUCUGAAGCCAUCAGCAGAAGUCUGGAAACAAAAACGCUUGAGCUGUGCCUGGCUGAGCUGCACGAAUUCAUACCAAGGUUUGGGGAGGAGUUCCUGGAGUGGAACGCAGUCCAUGACAGCCCCAUGUUUGCACCCUACUUUGCUGCCUACAUCAACAGCUUCCAUGACCUCCUGUCAGGCUUAAAAACAGUGUUUAAAGUCAACACUGAGGAACUGCAAAAGAUUUUGGCAGCUUUGACAAAGAACUUCAGAAAUGUGUUUUUAAAUAAAUUAAGAACAAAAACACAGCCACUUCUAAAGAAAAUCCUAACCAAGGACUGGAUUUUGGCAAGAGAGAAGCCAAACUCGCUGGCAGCAGCAGUCUCACAGUUCUCAGAGCACCUGCAGCACACAAGGCAGCCCCUGGGACAGGAACUUCUAUGCCAUGUUCAUAAGUAUGUGGUAAGGGAGUAUAUUGCGCAGAUCAUCAAACCCAAGAAGAAAAUGAAUGGAGAGAAACGGCGGCAAGUGAGCCAAAGGAUAAACGAGGAAGCCAAAAUCCUUAAUAAUGCUCUCAUCGACCAUGGCUCUGACUCCAGCUGGCUCCUUCCUGCUGUAAUUCACAUCGCCAAUAUCAUUGGGGAGAAGAGAAAAGACAGGAUCAAGGAGUACAUCAAGGAACUGACUCAGGAUUACCCGGACAUCAGGAAGGAGCAUAUCAUGGCCAUCCUCACAGUCCGGGGCCUGGGGUUCGCCAGCAGAAGGACGAUUUUUCAGCAAGGCUUUCAUCAUGCACUGGAGAGCCCUGACAGCGAGGAUGGCAACACGCUUUUUGCUGAAAUCGAUGUGCCUGCAAUCACCAGCUGUUUCUAAAACACAACCAGCAGAGAAGCCAGCAUCCUCCCUCCUCCUACGCUGCCUCUACAGCAUAAUCAAAAAGCUGCUACCUCUCCUCACUCCUCUGCAAACACAUUUAACUGCUGUGGGAAAAGGGGCCUGGGGGUGCAGAAACUGAAGGCAAAGGACAUACCAGGCACCUGACCUCCUGCAAGAGCCCCUGGGCAGCAGCACCCACCCAAUGCUCAACAUACAGAUUUUACUGCUGAGAGACUUGAUUGAUCCAAGGCUGAGUCUCUUUUCAGUAAAGAAAACCAAAAGGAGUUUAUGUGGGGCUAUAUUAAGGCUUGGAGUGUGUGGUGUAUAAUUACACAGCAGAAGAGCAACAGCCUCCUCCACAAUUAGUGUCCCUGAGCAACCCCAGAGCGGAGCUUGGGCAGUAAUGUGGCAGUGCCCAAACUUUAUUUCCUCCCUAGUAAACCAGCUGAGUGAGCUGACAUGAUACAAGGUCAGUGACAUUGUGCUCUGAUGCCACACACCACCACCUGACUGAGGGAGGCAGCCUGGGAGGGUAACCAAAUCCUCUGCUUCAGACACGCAGUGCACUGACUACUGCCCUCCAGGAUGGGGCCCACAGCCUUUGUCCCUCUGGUGUUUCAGCAGAUUUUCCUCAUUCAUAGGCUUGCCCUGCAAAACUCGCAUUGGACCCAAAGCCUGUUCAUUCCUUUACAACCCCCAAGUUGGAUGUCCCAUAUGAAGAGAGUCUGCAAGUCCUCCUGGCCCGGGGGAGAAGGGCCACCCUGCCCUUAGUCCAUUGUUUUGCGAGUUCAUAUGUAUUUUAACCUGGUACAGUCUGAUUGCUAUAUGAAACUUCAUGUGAGGUAGACAGGAAUGGGAUGGGAUCCUCCCCUGGCAUGAACCAGCAUCACCCCACUGACUGCUUCAUCUCUGUGUAGGACCUGAAGCGUUACAUGCAGCACCUGCAGGGCAGGCUGAAAGAAACAUUCAGUAGCCUAAACUGUACUAAUCUGAUUUUACUUAAUCCAAUUUAUCCUGUAGGUUGUCUCCUGCAGGAAUUAAUCCAAGACUGUGCAGAGACAUGUUUGCAAUCUACCAGUUAAUGUGAUAAAUGUGGACAAGGCAUAGCCCUGAACACCAGUUUGUCUGCAGCUUAGAUCAUCAGUGCUGAGCCUCAUCUUUUUCCUUUGCUCCUGUUUUCACCUGAAUAAACUUCAGCCCAUGUGAGUAGCUGGUGGUAAACCAAGUGCUCGGAUGGAUAGGAGAUUCAGUGUACCUUUAAUCUGUAAUCAUCACAUGAAAAAAAAUUCUAAGGCAGACUUGCUAACUCGGGGGUGUCUGGGCAGAAGGAUGCUCAGCCUGGGCUAUGCUGUCUGUAAUAAGCUGCUGCUAUCCAGCUCUGUUCUGUGAACUGCCCUGUUUUCAUUAGGACCAUAUUUUGCAUUCCAAUAAAAAAGAGGAAAGGUCUCCUAGGGCUUUUAUUGUGAAACACGUUGCUCUUGUAGGAAAGCACCAAGGAGCUCAAUUUAACCCUGUUAAUGUCCUCUGCCUGUUGCACCCUGUGCUUUCCAUCAUAAGUCUUCUUCCUACCACAGAGCACAGCUGUAUUCUCAGCAAUGGCAGACACAGCUCACUCCCACCCGGGAUGUGCCCAAGGUGCAUAAGGCUUCCUUAAAAGUAUCAAAGUAGACAGAAUAGGCAAGCUCUGGCCAAAUUUGGCUUUUUGGGACCAAACAGUGCUUUCUGGGGGGAGUUCUGGCAUACUUCGCAGUGCUUGCGUGGGUGGUGACAGAUAUUUUUGUUUUAGAGCUCUUUUCUGUUUUGCAAUUCUGUUUGUUUCUGGUUUGAGGUAAAAAGUAAUGCUUUCAGUCUUCUGUGUUCCAGACACCAGAACUGGCAGCCAGGGUGACCCAUGGGCUGUGGUUUGUCAUCUGAGAAAGGCUUUGGUAUGCUCAAGUUUUCCCCAUCCCUGGACAAGCCCCCAGACUCAACCAGCCGCAGCCAGGCUGGGAAAAGCCAGCUCCCAGCAAGUAAGGAGGAGAUAAAGCAAGACAAUACAGUGAAAGCACAGGAGGCUGCCCCAAGCUGAGGGUCUGAACCAAUUCCCUGACAUAUUCCAGAUGCCCCUUAGUGCAGCAGCGCUCCAAUAUUGAGCUCCCUGCAGGGUGGUGCUUUUCAGCGGAGCUCUCCGUUGGGUUAAUGUAAUAAGGAUAUGCAUUGAGAGGAGAAUUGCAGUAUCACAUCCACACUAUGCGCUGGGAAAUGUGACCCAACACCACCCAGCAAACGUGAAUGGGAAGAAAACAUUAUUAUCUCAGGGGCGAGUGAAAAGUAAAGCUGUAUUUGUUCGUGGCUCAACAACAUUAGCAAUGGUAGCACAGUUCUCCAAAGUGCCCAGUAAAUAUUUAUCUUGUGUAUUUUGCAAAUUUCUCCAGGAAAUCUU